AUGAGUGAAAAUCCCUUUGAACCUAAAGCCAGUUUAUUAAAUCAGAAAUCCAAUUCAGUUUCUGGUAAAUUCUGUCAAUUGACUGUAGAAGAGACAGCUAAUGAAUUACAGACAGAUUUAAAUUUAGGUUUAUGUAAUAACCAAGAUAUAUUAAAUAGAAGAUCCAUUCACGGACCUAACGAAUUAAGUGAAGAUGAAGAAGAGAAUGUGUUUUUGAAAUUCAUCUCCAAGUUCUAUGAAGACCCUUUAAUCUUAUUAUUAAUAGGUUCAGCCUUCAUAAGUUUCUGGAUGAAGAAUAUUGAUGAUGCGGUGUCUAUUUCUUUAGCUAUCUUGAUUGUUGUUACUGUUGGAUUUGUUCAAGAACAUAGAUCAGAGAAAUCUUUAGAAGCUUUGAACAAAUUAGUACCAGCUGAAGCUCAUUUAGUUAGAAAUGGUAAUAAUUCAACUGUAUUGGCCUCAACUUUAGUUCCAGGAGAUAUUGUCAAUUUCACUCAAGGUGACAGAAUUCCUGCUGAUAUCAGAUUAGUUAAUGCUGUUCAUUUAUCUAUCGAUGAAAGUAACUUAACUGGAGAAAAUAGACCAGUUAAGAAGUAUACUGAAAAAGUCAUAUAUAAUGGUAAUGAUGAUAUUGUUCCAAUUACCGCAAGAAGUUCAAUUGCAUUUAUGGGUACUUUAGUUAGGGAUGGUCAUGGUUCAGGAAUUGUUGUUUCCACUGGUGCUAAGACCGAAUUUGGUACUGUUUUCGAAAUGAUGUCAGAAAUUGAAAAACCCAAAACUCCUUUACAACAAGCUAUGGACAAAUUAGGUAAAGAUUUAUCUAUUUUCAGUUUUGGUAUUAUCGGAGUUAUCUUCUUGAUUGGGAUCAUCCAAGGAAGUAAAUGGUUAGAUAUGUUCCAAAUCUCUGUUUCUUUAGCUGUUGCUGCUAUUCCUGAAGGUUUACCAAUUAUUGUUACAGUCACUUUAGCUUUAGGUGUUUUGAGAAUGGCUAAAAGAAAAGCUAUUGUUAAGAGAUUACCAAGUGUUGAAACUUUAGGUUCCGUUAAUGUCAUUUGUUCAGAUAAAACCGGUACUUUAACUCAAAAUCAUAUGACUGUCACUAAAAUGUGGUCUUACGAUUAUACUGGAAGUUUCAACAGUCCUUAUUUAGUGGUUGAAAAAUUGAAUGAUAAUCUUUUAAAGAACGAAGUAAGUGAUAAUUUAACUAAAGUGUUAGAAAUUGGGAACAUAUGUAAUAAUGGUAAAUUUUCAAGCGAACAAGAGAAAUAUGUUGGUAAUCCAAGUGAUAUCGCCUUAUUAGAAGCUUUACCUCAUUUCGAAUUAGAAGAUGGUAGAAACACCAAAGAAAGAAUUUACGAGUUACCUUUCUCAUCAAGAAGAAAAUACAUGUCAGUGAUUGUUCAUUCAGGAGAUUUAUCUAAAGCUGAAACCAUGGCUAAAGGUGCCACUGAAAGAAUUUUGGAUGUUUGUACUAAAUAUUAUGAUGCUACUGGUCAACCUAAGCCUAUUACUGAUGAAAUCAAACAAGAAAUAUUAUCCAAAUCUCAUGAUUUAGCUAUGGAUGGUUUAAGAGUGUUAGCUUUCGCCAAAAGUUCUACUAAAGUAUCAGAAAAAUUAGACGUUAAUGCUGAAAAUUUACCUUCAGAUUUGAUCUUCUGUGGUUUAGUAGGAAUGAAAGAUCCUCCAAGACCUAAUGUGAGUAAAUCCAUCUCCUUAUUGAUGAAAGGAGGUGUUCAAGUUAUCAUGAUUACUGGAGAUUCCCCUACCACUGCUAUAAAUAUCGCCAAACAAAUCGGUAUGCCAAUUAUUAACGAUAAAUCGGUGUUGACCGGUGAUCAAAUAGAUAGUUUAAGUGAAGAAGCUUUAGCUGAAACUAUUCAUAACGUUUCUGUGUUUGCUAGAACCACCCCUGAACAUAAGGUAACUAUUGUUAAAGCAUUCCAAAGAAGAGGUGACAUCGUUGCCAUGACUGGUGAUGGAGUUAAUGAUGCUCCAGCAUUGAAAUUAGCUGAUAUUGGUAUUGCUAUGGGUAAAAAUGGUACUGAUGUUGCCAAGGAAGCUGCUGAUAUGGUUUUAACUGAUGAUGAUUUCUCAACUAUCUUAAAUGCCAUUGAAGAAGGUAAAGGUAUUUUCUACAAUAUUCAAAAUUUCAUCACUUUCCAAUUAUCUACUUCCAUCGCUGCUUUAUCAUUAAUCGCUAUUUCUACCUUCCUUGGAUUCCCAAAUCCUUUAAAUGCCAUGCAAAUUUUAUGGAUCAAUAUCCUUAUGGAUGGUCCACCAGCUCAAUCUUUAGGUGUUGAACCUGUUGAUCAUGAAGUUAUGAAUAAACCUCCUAGAAGAAGAAACGAUAAAAUUUUAACUCAAGCUUUAAUAAAGAGAGUAUUACAAUCAGCUGCCAUGAUUAUUUUGGGUACUCUUUACAUCUUUGUUAAAGAAAUGACUGAUAAUGAAAUUACUGCCAGAGAUACUACCAUGACCUUCACCUGUUUUGUUUUAUUCGACAUGUUUAAUGCUUUAGCUUGUCGUCAUCAUUCUAAAUCCAUUUUCCACAUCGGUAUGGAUAAUAAUAUGUUCAACUUAGCAGUUAUGGGAUCAUUAAUUGGUCAAUUAUGUGCUAUAUAUGUACCAUUUUUCCAAGGUAUUUUCCAAACUGAAGCACUUUAUUUCAGUGAUUUGGUUCAAUUAGUAUGUUUAUGUAGCACUGUAUUUAUUGGAGAUGAGAUCAGAAAGUAUUAUCAACGUAAGAAGUUACCUUUCGUUCAUAGUUAUGGUGUAUAG